AUGAACGUGUCGAGGACCAUUCUUUUUAGGUCCCCUCAACUGAAGUUGUUUCUACGACUUGUGAAGAGCCCGAGCCAUAUGCUAUUCCUUGCUUCAAACUUGGCAAUCCUAGUGCACUUGCAAUAUUUCUCUGCAACACGGCUGUUACACUACCCCAGGGGUGAUCGUGAAAAAUUAGAUCGACUCAGAGCCCAAACGGCAGAGUUGCGAGAUCUCGAAGAAGAGGAGAGAAGAAUAAAAGAGGAAAUUGAAGCGCUCAAGGGACAACUUCCGAACGGUAGAAGAAACGACCUUGAUCAGUGCAAUGAAGCACGUGGAGUUCACAUAAGGAGAAAGGAAUUAUGCCGAAAGCAAGAUAAUUUGAAAUUAGUCUCCAAAUUUGAUGGGCAAAGAUCCGCCAUAUUCAAAAGCCUUCUAAAAGACGUCAAUAUUCAUAAUCUCUUUGCCCACCGCUUUGACUCUGGUGGAUCUUUCGACGAUGAUGCUGACGCUCCAAGUGCACUCAGUGAGGCGACAUAUGUGACUUCUCCCGAUAAGAGAAUCAUAUCGCAGGUCAUCCUUCGUUGUUUAAUCGGCGAUUUGAUAACUGAAACUACCUCAGGAUCGGAGGUUAUGGCAAACCAGACUGAAAGAUCAACAUUCGGUGGAAAACUGCUUCGCUCAAUAAUAUUCGAUGCUAACUCGAGGCUGUUGACCUAUGAAGAUUCUGAUAUGACAAAAUUUAUUAACUGCACAACAUUUAACGUGGGAAGGUCCCCUCACAUACCAAAAGAAACGAUAAUAACAGAACUCGAGGCCGCUUUCGAUUCGUUCAUUUUAGGCAAUGGAAAUGGUUCAAAACGAAUCUUGUUGCUUAACGUUGCUCGCUCGCUAACUCGAAAUAACGCUUCAGCAUUUCCAGACGAUCUAAUUUUAUUCCUAUACCAUAAGUUUGGUUUACUGAAACUUUACAAAUACCAGGCGAUGCUUCUAACUAUUUUACCCAACCUUCGCAUCCGAAUAGAGCGCUCUGUAUACGAUGCAGCAGAGCUACUGGCGGAUAAAGAGCCCACGAAUGAGAGAACGAUAAGGCUAGAUAACCAUCGUUCUAUGGUGCCAAACGGUCAACAUUUACAAAGCGCUGCUGUCAUCCUGCAACCAAGGUAUUUAUGUAAAAGUGUGGCUGAAGUUUAUACUGCUUGUUAA